AUGGUGAUUCAAUUUUUGGCUUCGGCCAGUGCAAGCGCUGCUAAAGCUGCUAUUCCAGCUGUUGCUGGGGCCGCUUCGACGGUAGUCACCUCGGCUGUGAAAUCAGCCGCAUCGAGUGUAGUCGCAGGGGCGGGAAAAGCCCUUGUUUCGGGUGUUGCAUCAAAGGUGGUUCCGGCCGUCUUGGGAACUUCGGGAAAAAUUAUUUCAGCGAAGGCAGCUGCUGUUACCGGAAUAGGAUCAACUCUAUUGAAAGCAACACCAAUUGUUGCGCCAGUUGUUAUUGGUGCCGGAAAACUUACGGCAACCGUUGCAAUCGCUCUGAAAGCAGCCACAGCCAUCAUUGGAGUUGGAAAGAUUUCCAUUUUGCCGGUUUUAAUUGCUUCUCUUGUCUACUACAACUAUGACUUUUUCGAUCCCGAAAAUCGACCAUUCAAUAUGAAACAAAUCGAUCCGGACUACGACUUCGUCAUAGUAGGCGGAGGGUCAGCCGGAUCAGUGCUGGCGAAUCGAUUGAGUGAGAUCAGCAGCUGGAAAGUGUUACUACUUGAGGCCGGCGGGCAUGAAACGGAAAUAUCUGAUGUGCCGAUUCUGUCGCUUUACUUGCAUAAGAGCAAAUUGGAUUGGAAAUAUAGAACUCAGCCACAGUCGUCGGCAUGCCAAGCAAUGAAAGACAACCGAUGCUGUUGGACAAGAGGCAAGGUUAUCGGUGGAUCAUCAGUCCUCAAUACCAUGCUGUACGUUCGUGGCAACCGACGAGACUUUGACCAAUGGGAAGCGUUGGGCAAUCCAGGAUGGAGUUACGAAGAUGUUUUGCCAUACUUCCGCAAAUCGGAGGAUCAACGAAAUCCAUACUUGGCUAAAAACCCACGAUAUCAUGGAACAGGCGGCUACCUCACUGUUCAAGAUUCUCCGUAUAAUACACCAUUGGGAACGGCCUUUUUACAAGCGGGUGAAGAACUAGGCUAUGACAUCGUCGAUAUAAAUGGUGAACAACAAACUGGAUUUGCCUUUUAUCAAUUCACAAUGCGCCGUGGUGCUCGUUGCAGUGAUGCCAAGGCAUUCUUGCGGCCAGUUCGUCUGCGAAAAAAUUUGCACGUUGCACUCUAUGCACAUGUGACCAAAGUGAUUUUCGAUGAAGAAUCGAAACGAGCUCUCGGCGUUGAGUUCAUUCGAAAUGGAGUGAAGCAGGCGGUUUAUGCGAAACGUGAAGUAAUUUUAUCAGCUGGCGCAAUCAACAGUCCUCAUUUGUUAAUGCUGUCGGGCAUUGGACCAAGAGCUGAUUUGGAAAAAGUCGGCAUUCCCGUGAUUCACGAUGCACCGGGUGUUGGACGCAAUUUGCAAGAUCACAUUGCUAUCGGUGGUUUGGCAUUUAGAAUCGAUCCGAAAGUCAGUUUCCUGUUCAAUCGAAUGUUCAAUAUGAAUUCGGCCGUUCGAUAUGCCAUCACCGAAGAUGGACCAUUGACCAGUAGCGUUGGCUUGGAAGUUACCUCAUUUAUUAAUACAAAAUAUGCAAAUCAUUCCGAUGAUUGGCCAGAUAUGAAUCUAUUUUUCACUAGUGGUUCAACACCAUCCGAUCCACAAGUCAAAAAUGCGCAUGGUCUUAAACCGGAAUUCUACGAGGAAAUAUAUAAGGAAUUGGAAUACAAAGAUGUUUAUGGCAUUUUCCCAAUGAUAUUGAGACCAAGAAGCCGUGGUUUCGUUAAGAUUGUUUCAAAGAAUCCACUUCGAUAUCCAUUGCUGUAUCAUAACUACUUGACACAUCCAGACGAUGUGCACGUGAUGAGAGAAGGAGUGAAGGCAGCCAUUGCCGUUUCCGAAACACAAGCAUUGAGACGAUUUGGAUCACGCUUUCAUUCGAAGCCAUUGCCAAAUUGCAAACAUUUGGAACUCAUGACCGACGAGUACUGGGAGUGUGUCAUAAAACAAUACACAAUGACCAUCUAUCACUAUUCAUGUACGGCUCAAAUGGGUCCGCCUACUAAUCCAUGGGCUGUCGUCGAUCCACAACUCCGGGUUUAUGGUGUGAGCGGACUUCGUGUAAUCGAUGCUAGCAUCAUGCCAACGAUUACAAGUGGGAAUAUCCAUGCACCAGUCGUGAUGAUAGGCGAGAAAGGAGCGGAUUUAAUCAAGGAGCUGUGGUUACAAGAAGAAGUUAUUCGUGCCGAACGAUCAGCAAAAGCAGCGCAUGUUGCAGAAGUAAUAGAAACAGUCGCAGCAGCUACGAGUGCGAGAAAAGUUACCACCUUAUAUGCAAAUGCAACGGCUGCCUAAACGAAAGACACAGAGCUGUAGACAUUAUUAAUGAAUUUUAUUUAAUUGUGGUAGUUAAGGAGAAACUAGCCAACUUUUAUAAUCAAUUGACUGCAAACAAGAGAUUUUUAUGCACUCGAACGAUUUAUUUAUACAUGACAAUUGACGUGGUUUAUCACCAGUGAAACUUGAAAACGGGAUACAUUUUAACGAUAGGACUACACUACAAAGAGAUUUGAACAAUGAAGGUGGACGUUGUUACAACCCAUCCUUGACUAAAGUCAAUUAUGUAAUUAAUUACAAUUUAGAUUAAGUCUAUACGAAUUCAUUUGAAUUUUGUAUAUAAUAAUCAAGGAACAAAUGAUUGCCCUAUUUUAGCAAUGUAGUGUCCUUUUGUGUACAUAUUCGUCCCAUCGAAUUGAUUCGUUUUUGUUUUUAUUUUUUUAAUGAAUUUUGUUUAA